AUGUUCCGUUAUUGCCGUAAAGCAUUCAACCAACCCUUCACUGCACGUUUCUAUAGCUCCGGUCGCCUUGUCAACAAAAAUGUCCUCAUUACGGGUGCUUCCUCUGGUAUUGGUGAAGCAUGCGCUCGUGAGUUUGCCAAAGAGGGUUCCAACUUGAUCCUUGCAGCAAGACGCGUGGAACGAUUACAGUCACUCAAGGAUGAAUUAUGCAAGACAUAUGCAGGCAUCAACGUCCAUACCGUGAACUUGGACGUGCGUGAGAAAAAAGCCAUUGAUGCAGCUAUUGAAAGUCUACCGAUGAAAAACGAGAUCGACUGCUUGGUCAACAAUGCUGGUUUGGUGAUCGGCGUGGAUCCCUUGAAAGAUGUCUCUGAAGAAGCCUAUGAUACCAUGUUCGAUACCAACGUCAAGGGGUUAGUAUUCGUUACUCAGGCUGUUUUACCCUACAUGUUAGCUCGACAAUCAGGCCACAUCAUCAACAUUGGAUCGGUGGCAGGCAAGCAAAGUUACCCCAAUGGCAGCAUCUAUUGCGCAUCGAAGCAUGCUGUGGAUGCCAUUACAACUGCACUUCGUUGGGAAUUGAUGAACACACCUCUUCGUGUUAGUGAAAUCAAUCCUGGCAUGGUGAAUACAGAGUUCUCCACGGUGCGUUUCCGUGGCGACAAGGAAAAAGCAGACAAUGUUUACAAGGGAUUUGAUCCACUUGUUGGGCAAGAUAUUGCCGAGUUGGUUACAUUUACUGCAUCACGUCCACCCCAUGUCAAUAUCUGUGAUAUGCUAGUAUUCCCUACCGCUCAAGCAGAUGCCCGUACUGCUCAUCGAAAAGAAAACUAA